GGGGCUGCGGCUCGGGAAGGCCCCUCUGGAGUUCAUCGAGCAGGCCCGGGCCCAGUAUGGACCAAUAUUUACAGUCUUUGCCAUGGGAAACCGAAUGACCUUUGUUACCGAAGAAGAGGGAAUCAAUGUGUUUCUAAAGUCCAAAGAAGUAAACUUUGAACUAGCAAUACAAUAUCCUGUCUACCGUAUAGCAUCAAUUCCAAAGAAUAUCUUUCUAACACUGCAUGAAAAGCUGUAUGUAAUGAUGAAGGGGAAAUUGGGGACUUCCAACUUGUAUCAGCUCGUGGGACGGCUGAAUGAAGAAUUCCAUGAACAACUGGAAGAUUUAGGCCCUCAUGGGACAAUGGACCUGAUCAGUUUAGUGAGGCGUCUCCUCUAUCCGGCCACAGUCAACGUACUUUUUAAGAAAGGCCUAUUUCUCUCACACAAGAGGAAACUCGAAGACUUCUACCGGCAUUUUCAAAUCUAUGAUGAGAGUGUGGAGUACGGGACCCAGAUGCCAGAGUGGCUGCUGAGAAACUGGUCAAAAUCCAAAAGGUGGCUCCUGGCACUGUUGGAAGAAAGCAUUUCAGAUAUAAAAGCAUACAAACCUGAAAAGGAUAACUCUGCAACAUUUAUUCAGGCUGUGCUGGAGGUGGUAGAGGGGAUGGCAGAAGGGCACAGUGCGAACUACACCCUCCUGUUCCUGUGGGCCUCCUUGUCUAAUGUUGUUCCUAUUACCGUUUGGACCCUUGUGUUCAUCCUGUCCCAUGCUGACAUUUACAAGACCAUCAUGGAAGCCAUCUCCUCUGUGCUGGGUAGAGCAGGUAAAGAGAAGAUCACAGUGUCAGAAGAUAAGUUGAAGAAACUCUUGCUAAUAAAAUGGUGUAUUUUGGAAACCACUCGUUUAAGAGCUCCAGGUGUCAUAACUAGGAAACUAGUGAAGCCAGUGAAAAUUUUGAAUUACACAGUUCCAGCCGGUGACUUGUUGAUGUUGUCUCCAUUUUGGCUACAUAGAAAUCCAGAGUAUUUUCCUGAUCCAGAAUCAUUUAGACCCGAACGUUGGAAAGAGGCAAAUUUAGAGAAGCACGCAUUCUUGGAAGGCUACAUGGCAUUUGGAGCCGGGAAGUUCCAGUGUCCUGGAAGGUGGUUUACUCUAUUACAAAUUCAAAUAUAUAUUAUACUAAUACUUUAUAAAUAUGAUUGCCGUCUUCUGGACCCCUUACCAAAGCAGAGUAACCUCCACGUGUUCGGUGUCCCCCAGCCAGAAGGACAAUGUCGAAUUGAAUAUAAACGCAGACAUGAUGUUUGCCAGAACCCAAGAGGGCCAGGGCCUUCCGGAGGAGCCACGCCACCAGCCACUCCCCAGGCACCUGGCCAGCAGGAGUGGUGAUGUCACCCCCCACAUGUGCUCACCUGGCUCUUGAUAGCCGUCCAAAAUAUCCGCAACAAAAUUAAUGAUUUCUAGAAACUUUUUAUUUACAUUUCUUUUUCUUUUUUUUUUAAUACCGGGGUCAAACUUGGGUCCUUUGAGGCAAGCAGCAGAACCACUGAGCUAAAUCCCCAGCCCCUGCAUUUCUUAACUAGCAAUUGGAAUAACAGAAAGGCUCUGUUAAUAUAAUGCUUUACUGUAAUCAUGCCCAGGGUUAAAAGUGUGAACAAGGUGGUGGUUUUCUAAGAUCUGUGAGAACAGCAUCACACCCUUCAUUCAUUUCUCCAUCUUUUACACCUAGGACAGCAUCUCCCUUAUAGCAAGUACUUAAUAAACGCCUGCUGGUUGAUGCAUUGAUUCGUAUUUUAAGGUAGCAGCACUCAUGAUCCAGGUGUUUACAGUUGGUCUGACAGAGGUAAUACCAUAUGUCUGCUAGUGUACGGACACA